AUGACUGAAGAAAAUAAUCAGGAAUUGAGACGUAGACAAGCUGAGUUCUCCAAAAAAUUACACGGUGAAGAUUCCGCAACCAAGACUGGUUUAAAAGCUUUCCUAUCAAAGGAUAAAUCUGCUCAAAAGGAAGCUGUUUCCAAGUAUCUUAAACAUUGGGACGGUAAAGUCGACACUGAAGCUGAAAAUGCUCGUUUAGAAGAUUAUAAUGAAUCUACUCAUGCUUACUAUAACGUUGUCACAGAUUUUUACGAAUACGGUUGGGGUUCUUCCUUCCAUUUCUGUAGAUUUUCUAAAGGUGAAAAUUUCAAUGCUGCAAUGGCAAGACAUGAACAUUAUUUAGCUUAUAUGGCAGAUAUUAAGGCUAAUGAUUUGGUUCUUGACGUUGGCUGUGGUGUGGGUGGUCCAGCUAGAGAAAUCGUUAAAUUUACAGACUGUAACGUCAUUGGUUUGAAUAAUAACGACUAUCAAAUUGAAAAAGCUAAAUGGUACGCUAAAAAGACUGGUUUACAAGAUAAAAUGGACUUUGUUAAAGGUGAUUUCAUGAAUAUGGAUUUCGAUGAAAAUACUUUCGAUAAAGUUUAUGCCAUUGAAGCCACUUGUCAUGCUCCAGAUCUAGCUAAGUGCUACAGCGAAAUUUAUAAAGUUCUAAAACCAGGUGGUCGUUUCGCCGUUUAUGAAUGGGUUAUGACUGAAAAUUACGAUGAGAAUAACGAAGCUCACAGAAAAGUAGCUUAUGAAAUUGAAUUGGGUGAUGGUAUCCCAAAGAUGUUCAAAGUCGAAGUAGCAAAAGACGCACUUGUAAAAGCCGGUUUCAAUGUUCUUGUCGACAAGGACUUGGCUGAUAAUGACGACCCUGUACCAUGGUAUUAUCCAUUAACAGGUGAUUGGAAGUACGUCCAAUCUUUAGGUGAUUUGGCCACUUUCUUUAGAACCUCCUACCUUGGUAGAAAAUUCACUUCAUCAAUGGUUUCCUUAAUGGAAAAGAUCGGUGUUGCCCCUGAAGGCUCAUGCAAAGUCACCGAAGCUUUAGAACAAGCUGCUGUUGGCCUGGUUGCCGGUGGUAAAUCGAAAUUGUUCACCCCAAUGAUGUUAUUCGUUGCUGAAAAACCAUUGCAAACUGACACCGAUCAAUGA